UCUUCUUUAAUUUCGAUAACAUUUCAGUACCAGAGUGAACGAUACGACAGAAACAGUGCACAGGAAAGAAAUUUGUACCUUUUUCAUGAUUAAUUGCAAAUAAAUUCAGACACGCAUUCUAAAUAACGUUUUAAAAUGUGCACUCGUCGCAAAAUAUGCUUCGCGAUUUUACUCGUUGUUGUGUGUAGUGUAUCCGCUUCUCUGUGUCCAGAAAAUAAGAUAUGUAGUUGCGAAUGGAGUAUACGGGACACUAUCGAGAUAAUAUGUAAAAUUAACAAUUCGUCUAUUGAUAUUGAAUUUGAAUCAAUCGAGUCUAUAAAGGUUACAUGUUCUAAUGCGAACUGGUCAGAUUUUCAGCUGUACAACUUAACAAAACGUUCAGUAAAGAAUAUGUAUUUUUAUAACUGCGAUUUACCGAAGGACAGCAGUUUAAAAACGAUUACGGACAUGCUAGGAGCCACUAAUGUGGAAAAAUUAGUUUUCCAUUCAUAUAAAAAUUUAAGUUCUUUUAAGAGAUUGCAUCUGAACGGCUUCGUAAAUUUACGUUUGUUGGAUUUAUCGAAUAACAUUAUAUCCAGCAUAGAUACAGAUCUGCUAGCCGAUUUACCUAAUCUAAUAAGAUUAAACUUGCGCAAAAGCAAUUUAAUAACAGUUACUCCACUUUCUGAUCAUGAUUCCAAAUUGCAGGAACUUGACUUAGGAGAGAAUAGAUUGGAAUGGAUAAAACCAGACAUAUUCGACAAAUUUUAUAAUCUAACAUGGCUUUCUUUAGAAAAAAAUAACUUAACUAAGUUUAAAUCAAGAAUCUUUGACAAACUUGUCAAUGUUUUACUUAUCAAUCUUUUCUCGAACAACUUGGUCAGCUUGCCGGAAAACAUAUUCGGGAAGCUAAAAAAUCUCGAAACACUUAGUUUAGCUGAAAAUAAUUUUACACUUUUGCCAAGAUACCUGCUACAAAACAAUACAAAUCUACGAAUUAUUGACUUAUCCUUCAACAAAAAAAAAUUGAACACCUUACCAGAUGGAUUUUUUCGUAAUUUAACAAAAUUGGAAAUGUUGAAAGUGGAAAAAGAUGGACUUACUCUUUUGCCGGAAGACCUUUUGUGGGGAUGUUUUUCGCUGACAAGUCUUACACUAAGUAGAAAUGAUCUGGGCUUUUUACCCAAACUUAUAUUCCGGGAUUUGAAAGAGCUGAGAGAAUUGAAAUUAGAUUCUAAUGCAUUUAGAAAACUACCCAAUAUAUUUCAAGAUCUCAAGCAAUUAAAAAAAUUAGAUUUAUCAAAAAAUUAUAUUUCAUUCAUUGACAAUGAGGUUUUCAAGGAAUUAGAAUAUUUGGAAGAAUUAAAUAUGGCAGAAAAUUCCUUGAUACUGAUUUCCGAGAGAAGCUUCAUUUUUUUACACAGUUUACAAAUUGCCAACUUUUCACACAACAAUCUUACGUUAAAUAUUGUAACUUCAAAUGACCAUAAUGAUGAUGACAUAACAGAGUCACCUUUUGCUUCUUGCUACCUUUUAAAGAAAUUAUAUUUAAGUCACAAUCGCAUAUCGGAAAUGUUUAGCGAUUGGGUCAUUGAUAUGGAGCACCUUCAAAAAUUGGAUCUUAGAAAUAACUAUAUAUCCCAUUUAUCUGCCGAAGAUUUACAGUUUGCAUCGGAAAAUAUCGAAGUGGAUUUGACUUAUAAUAAAAUACGAUCCAUCUCUUUGAACAACGCCAAAGACAUCUUCAAGAACGAUUGGUCAAAUCACGCAGUGAUAUUGAUUGAACAUAAUCCUUUGCAUUGCGAUUGUGAAUUGUAUGACUAUCUGCGCUAUCUCGAAGGCGGAAUGAAUCCUAUCAUGGAAAAAUAUAUUAAUAUAGAUCCAAAAAAUCUAACUUGCUUUGUCCCAUUAAAAUUGCGACACAUGCGCAUUAUAGAUUUACAGUCUAAGUUAUUUACAUGUACAAUGAAUGCAGAUAUAUAUAUUGACUCAAUAUGUCCCGACAAAUGUAGCUGCUUUAGAAACCUGGAGGAUGAAGCAUUUAUAAUUGAUUGCUUUGGUAGAAAUUUUACUGUUGUGCCAAGCGUCAAGAAUAUUCCGCACAAAUUUUGGCAAAUCAAAUUGAAUCUCUCCAAUAAUCAAUUAACUGAAAUGCCAAAUUUGAAAGAAUUGGGAUAUGGACCAGUGAGAACACUUAUAUUAUCUAACAAUAAUAUUUCCGAGAUUUCCUUAAAUAAAUUGCCGGAAUCAUUAGAGGUUUUGGAGCUUCAUAAUAACAAAAUAUCAAAAAUGUCUUCCAACGUGUUAAAUUUUCUGACCUGCUGCACAAAUUUAUAUUUAGUAACUUUACAUGGAAAUCCGUUUAUAUGCAAUUGCAGUACUACAGAUUUCUUUACUUUCAUUCACACAUUUAAAUCACACAUAAUAGCCGAUCUACAUAGAAUUACAUGUCAGGAGAAGAAUAAAUUUAUUUCAAAAAUGACAAUAACUGAUUUUUGUCCGAAUUAUAUGGAUAAUAACACGACUGGAUGGUCUGGAAGGAACAUUUCUUUGAUUAUAUUUGUUAUUGUGGGAUUAUUCAUCAGCAUCAUCGGUCUUCUCUAUUAUAUGUAUCGAAAGCAAUUUAAGAGAAAAUUAUAUGAGCAUCGAUCAAUAAUAGAAUUCGCUGAAAAUGAUGAAGAGGAUGGAAAGGAAGAAGAGACUAAUAUAGAUGAGGAAGUGUGUUACGAUGUGUUUGUAAGCUACUCGCAGGAUGAUCAUGUUUUCGUAAUGAACAACUUUGUGCAUGUAUUGGAGAACGGCUUGAAGCCAUUGAAGUUGUAUCUUCCUUAUAGAGACUGGUCAGUAAGCGAGUGGACAACAGCAAACAUAAUAAAAUCUGCGAAAUUGUCCGGACAAAUGAUGAUGGUGCUGUCGCCAAGUUUUUUAGAGAACGUCUGGGGAAAGAUGGAACUUAGGGUCGCGCUUUGUCAAGCUUGGGAAAAGUAUCAAGCGGAUGUGAUAUUAAUCCUGUACGGUGAAAUAGAACCCACUGACAAGCACUUAGAUUCAGAAUUGAGAAAUUUCAUAAAUGCAAACAUUUACAUUAAAUGGGGAGAUCCUUGGUUCUGGAAGAAAUUGGGACAAUUAUUGAAACAUGAUGUUAAGGACAAAGCAAAUCGCAGUGAACCUGCAUUCCUUGAUUAUCCUAAUCAAGGUUCUAGUGAAACAUUGCUUUCCAACUAAAUAACGAAAUGAAGAUUCAUUUUCUAUAUAAACGAGGCGAGAAUGCGACGAUAGAAUACGACAUUGAAUUUGUUGUUAGUAAAAGCGCUAUAGAAAAAAAUAUUUGUCUUAUCCGUUGCUUCGCACUUGAUUAUACAAUAAUGCAAAUUAAGAAAAAAUUCAGAAAACAAUAAAUUUGA